AGAGGACUCCGAUACUUGCAUUGACUAAGUUGAAAACAAUCUUCUUCCUUCGUAGAUUACACAAUCGGCGUUUACUAGAAUGAGCUAUAUAACCCGACACACUAUUUAUGCCACAAACAAUUACCCUUUCUUUCUCCCAGGUUGCUAACCAGCUUACAACUCAUUUCAAUAAUUUUCAGGAAGAUCGGUUUUAUAAAGACGCAGCAAACUAUGACAACUACACUCAUAUUGUACCGAAAUCUAUAGCAAAUUCAAAGACGAUAUCAAAUUUGUAUCCUAGAUCGGUUUUGUUUGAUUAUGCUAAUGGAUCUGGGGCACUAGAUCCUAAAGCAGGCUUUCAGCCAGACCCAGCGCCAAGUUUGGCCCUCUAUGAGUAUGAGAAAAUUCAAACUGCCCCUCAAAUAACACCCAAUGCGUACCAGAAAGCUUUGACCAUGGGCGAGACGCCAGAUGUUGAUGAGAAGGUUCAAGUUGAUGAAGAAAGGACAGAUUAUUGGUCUGACUUUUCACGUUUGACUUACAAUCCAUCACUUUUAUUGACGCAUCCAGACUUCAAUUAUGACGUGGAGACUGGAGAAGGUAUUGGUAAGAAUAUAUUGACAAACAAGUUUCAGAGCCACCAAUUGGGCAUAGACUCAUUCCACAGUGUUGAGAAGUUCAAAGACUGUGUAGAUGACAGCAUAAGAAAGCUGUUUGAGGAGGCUAACAACGUGAGUCAGGUAAACGCCGUUGUCGAAUUAGACUCUGCUUGGUCUGGUGUGUGUUCUGAAACGUUACGCUACGUGAUAGAGGACCAGCUGGAUGGGAAGGGGUCUAAAGUGAUGAUCUGGUCUUUACAAAGGGAUGGACAAUACGUUUCUUCAUGCAACAAUAGCAAUAAACUAGAUAGAAUAAGGAAAUUGUUGAGUCUUGUAAUGAGUGAAGCUGGAGGAAUAGUUUCAUUGAAUUUGGAUUCCGAUAUUCCACUACUACAAAAUAAAAAUAGCGUAUGGGAGAAAACAGCUUUCCUUUCCUUACCUUUUGAUUUUUUCAAUUCGAUAAAGGAUAAUGACAUUGGUGGGAUUCUGCACCAAUUGACAGAUGGUGGUCUACGGAGAUUCAUCAAUGAAGUCAAACUAGAUUGGAGUCCUGAGACUGUGCUAGACUUGGGCUGUAAGGAUAUAUUUAGCCCAUCAAAGGCUGACAAAAGAGAUCCUCAUGUGUUUUCUCGCAGUGUUGUAGCAAGUAUGGAUAGUGAUGGAUGUCGAGUGGGAAAAUUUUCCAAUUUUGAGCAACUUGUCGAAACGGGUACACCAAGAAUAUACUUGCAAACUUCUAAGAGCAGGUACUCAUAUGAGUUUGUUGACACUCUACCGGCUGCAAUGAAAGAGGCGAAAAUCGAUGCCGUUUCUCUAGGAGUAACAAGUUCGCUGAAAAACAACUUCACUGAUAUGCAUGACUUUGUCUCAAGAUUUUGUCGUACCGAUGAGAGGGAAGAGCUAAAAGACAACUUGGAUAACUUAAGGGAGGCGUACACCUUUGGAUACGAGUUAAGUGAUGAGGAGGAAGAUGAUAAUUAUUAACGAUAGUGAUAGUUUUUA